AUGGAUUCAGAUGCAAGGAAUCUUACCAUCGCCAUCAAUCUGAGAUAUGUCCUCGAUUGCAGGUCCGAUGCAAUUUCACAACAUCGAUUGAAGACAUAUCGGAAGAAGUGCAAAAUUGUCACGGAGAUUCAGGAUCCAAAGAGUGAGAUUGUGCUGGCCGAAAACAGCAGCGUCAGGAAAACCGGAUCGUUCGUGUUCACAUCUGCCAGUGAGACUGGGGUAUUCGCGCUCGCAAUCUCCUGUAAGGCAAUCUACGAUUUGUUCACAAAGCUGAUUGAUCCUGCCACCAAUACCGGCCAUGUUGUCGCGGACCUGUCCGGCCGGGUCAUGAACCGAUGUUCCGGAACCUUGUUGGGGUGGCGCCGCAGUGAUGAGAGACAUCCAGUACUGAAUCCCGGCAACAAGGACCAGCCUUUGCCUUGGCAAAGCCAAGCAGCAGACGAGCUGAUAAUCCUACUGCCAGCUUCACAGGCUGGGCUUGAAUGA